ACUGUAUCCUGACAGGGUCUAGUCCCUUCGUACUUCAACAAACCAAGUCCACUCAGCUGAUCCUGUUAUCCAUUAUUUAACACCUUCUGAAACCAUCCAUUUGAUGCUGUCUUUCGAUGAUGUAUGCACUUCCAUUCCAAACCUUGCUUCACUUCCCUUGCGCUUCCAAAUUUACAAGACCCAAGGAUGCGAUGCCCAUGGACUUGCAUUGCAAAUUUUCUUCACUAGAAAUAAAAAGAUUGUCAAGGAGGAUGGUGCUGAAGUUUUGUGGAUUCAAUACUCUCCUAUUGUCCAUCAAUCCAGUUUUGGCUGCCCCGAUGCCAGAGAUGAAGGAGCCUGAAGUUAUUCGGACACUGAAGCUUGCCAGUGGGGUUAGGUUUCAAGAGAUUAUUGAAGGGGAAGGGCCGGAAGCUCAAGAGGGAGAUACAGUUGAAGUUAACUAUGUUUGCAGGCGUUCAAAUGGAUAUUUUGUUCAUAGCACCGUGGAUCAAUUCAGCGGCGAAAGCUCGCCUGUCAUACUUCCUUUGGAUGAGAACCAGCGCAACCAAUUUCAUUAUAUAGAGAGAAAAUACAAUUACAACAAAGGAGGAGGAGGAACACCCCUCAACUCAACUCCCGACUCUCUAUUAUUAAGGGCUUGAAGGAAGUCUUGAUUGGCAUGAAGGUUGGAGGUAAGAGAAGAGCAUUGAUACCUCCUUCUGUUGGAUACGUAAAUGAAAACUUGAAACCAAUCCCUGAUGAGGUGAUUCUUCUUAUCAUGUGUCCAAGAUUGCAUCUGGUCAGUGUUUCGUGACAGAAAAAACAAGUAUAGAAGGGAUAAAAACAUGUUUGGUUGAAGGGAUAAAAACUGUUUUCGUCUCUUUUGUAUUGAGAUUUCGUCUCUUUUGUAUUGAGACAAGUAUAGAAAAUACAAAAAUAUGUUUAGUUGAAGGAACAAAAACAGAGACACAAAAUAAAUAAUUAUUUUAGAAUGAAUUUAGUUAAUUUUAAAAUAAGAGGCAAAGAGAACAUGUUCCCGUUAUCUUUAUUGUCUUCAUCUCUUCUGUAUCCAGACAUCAUCAACUACAUGCUACUCGAGUGAUUCUUUUGUUUUAAGUUUUCUACUUAAAUUAUAUCUGCUAGUCCUUCUUGUA